AUGUCGUCCUCUGGAACGGUGUCGAACGUCGAGGGCAAGGCCGAUCCGUUUCUGGAAGCUGUCCAGAUCCGACGAAGCAUAUAUGCGUUGACAAAUCAGAGCACUAUCUCAGACGAACGAAUCGUCAAGCUCAUUGAACAUUCAAUAUUGCAUACGCCAACUUCGUUCAAUGCCCAGUCAAAUGUGGCGAUAGUGCUUUUUGGGGAGCACCAUCUCAAGCUAUGGGACAUCGUUAAAGAUGUAUUAGUGUCCAAGUUGGGCACGGAGAAGUACUCAAAAACUGAAGCCAAGAUCAACGGUUUUCGUGGUGCGUACGGUACAGUUCUCUGGUUCAUCGAGAACCGUCAAGUCGAAGCCCAGAAGCAGAAAUUCCCCACGUAUGCCGAGGAGUUCGAUUCGUGGGCGAUCCAGAGUAUCGGGAUGGCCCAGUCGAAUGCAUGGGUGAGCCUCGAGCGUGAGGGUCUCGGCGUGAAUUUGCAGCAUUAUGGAAACUUGAUCGGGGAGCGAGUUCGGAAGGAAUUCAAUGUACCAGAGGACUGGAUUCUUAUCAGCCAACAGCCAUUCGGCACUCCGGCAGCAGGCUGGGUGGCUCCAGAGAAGCAAUUCAAACCAAUUGAGGAGCGACUAAGGGUACUCAAAUAA